AUGGACAAGAAAUCAGCAGAAUCAAGCAAACAGCAACCUCAGCCCCAAACCCGCCGCUGUUUGGCUCGCUAUCGCAUAUGGACUCUUCUUGCGGCCUUUUUAGCCCUGGCUGUCUUUUUCAAAAUAGACCGUAAUCCGUCAAAUGACUAUGCUGUGUGCUCAGAGUCCAAUAAAAUAUACACCGUUGAUGCCCUUCAGCCAAGGGUGCAAUGUGUCGUAGUUCGUGACUCGCGCGUUCUGGACGUUGGAGAUCUGGGUACGACCUCAAAAACUCUACUUGCUACCCCCGCAUUGAAAACAAUACACCUCAGCCCCGGUGCCAUCAUCGUGCCCGGACUGGCAGAUGCACAUGCUCACAUACUGCAAUACGGCUUCAAAAUGAACCUCAACUUGGAUGGAUGUGUGUCCGUAGACGAAAUUCUGGCGCGCUUGAAAGCUUACGUCGUAACUCACCCAGAAGUACUGAAUGACCCUUCUCGUUGGAUACAAGGUAUGGGCUGGGAUCAGACAAAAUGGCCCGGUGCAAAAUAUCCGACGGCGGAUCACUUUGACAAGGAACCAUUGCUUCGCGGACGGUUUAUAUCAUUGGCUCGCGUCGAUGUCCACGCCUUGUGGGUCUCAAACCGCGUAAUGCAACAUAUCGGAACUAUCCCCGAGGAAAUAGAAGGUGGAGCAAUCAUUCGUGGUUCCCGCGGGAAGCCAACAGGUAUAUUCGUCGAUAAUGCCAUGUCCCUCAUCCGCACUCCUUCUUGGUCGGAGAGCCAAAUGGCUGAAUACUUCAACAGGACGGUCACAGAUGGACUCUCAUACGGCUUGACCUCUGUGCAUGAUGCCGCUACGGAACCAGAAAUGAUCGAGUUUUUCACAAAGCAAGUGGACUGCAAUAUCGAUACACGCUUAUUGCGGGGACUGCGCCUCUAUCUUAUGGGAAACGUGCUCUCGGAUGUCUACUGGGGUUCUCAGAUACCCCGCCUUCUUGACUACGGUAAAGGCGGUCGCCUGAACUUGCGCAGCUUCUGGGAAGAUCAAUGGCAAGUGAAUAUACACUGCAUAGGCGACCGCGCAAAUAAAGUAGUGCUUGAUAUAUUCGAAGAGCUAUCGCAAAGCGGGAAUACGUCGAUGAUCUCUGACCGCAGACCAAGGAUAGAACACGCGCAAAUAAUGACUCUAGACGACCUCGUGCGCGUGGGGUCCCUCGGUGUGAUACCCAGCGUCCAGCCCACGCAUGCCACAAGCGAUAUGUGGUAUGCAGAGCAGCGCUUGGGACCCGAAAGAAUCAAGGGAGCCUACGCUUAUCGUACUCUACUCGAGUCAUCUCAGAAUCAGGUCCUCCCACUGGGAUCGGAUUUCCCCGUGGAGGGCAUCAACCCCUUACUGGGCUUCUAUGCAGCAGUGACACGCUUGUCUGAGAGCGGGGAAUCACCGCACGGCGCAGGUGGAUGGUACCCAGGGGAGCGCCUCACGCGGGAGCAAGCGCUCAAAGGCAUGACCCUCGACGCCGCUUACGCCGCCUUUGCAGAAGACGGCAUCGGCUCGCUGGAGGUUGGGAAGAGGGCGGACUUUGUGGUGUUGAGUCGUGAUAUUAUGACCGUACGAGAGUCGGAGAUUUUGAAGGCCGAGGUGUUGGCAACUGUGAUCGACGGAAGGGUGGUAUAUGGUUCAUUAUAAUCUGACAUCUCCAAAAUUUGCUGCAUUUACCCCAAGAAUACCAUCGAUCUUUAGUAGACUAUUCUCACCCGAGCCCAUAUCCAUCUAUUCAGUCCACUGGAAAUGUUAUUGUAAGCUAGUUAAGCUGACGGUAGUAUUAGCCUAAAACCGCUAUCGAACACGAGAAGCCGAGAGAGCAUAUUGUUACAUAUUCAGGUAUAAAACAAAGAAAGAAAGCCUACUACCCAAGGAACGAAUAAUGUAUUACGAUAAAUAGUAUGAACUGAUAUCUGUCCGCUUUGCCAACUAUAAACCCGAGCUUUCUAAACCUGCCUUGCUCACACGACGCAGUGGUUGCAGCGUAGCUUCAUCCACAGGGGCUCGCCGUAAAUGUCGAUAUCGCCCUGUCGAGUCCUUGAUUUCCAUCUCCUGGCCCGCACCGCCAACCCUUCCGUCCGAUGGUCCGCCUUCUAAAGCCGGUGUAGUGAACACGGGAGGUAGACUUUCUCUUAUGUGUCCCGGCCGACGGUUUCCAGCGGCCAUGGUGUAAUUUCCGUGAGUGUCUCCAUCGCGGCUAGCAUCAUGUUCCCCGCCCGCUGAUGUCGGUUGCACCACACCCACUGACUUACCGCCAAGCUCCUGUUCUUCAAAGGUCAUGAGCUCUGAAACGAACCCGAUAUUUGGGGAAAUGCCCUUGCGGCGCUCCGUUACGAAAGAAUAGGCACGGGAAAGCGUCCAGUGAUUGGCAUGGAUGA